ACAGGGGCAGGUCGCGGUGAAGGCACGGAGAAACUACGCACACAGCUGCGACACCAGCAGGCACGACGCCAUUUGCUUAAGAAGAAGCGUGGUGGCUUACGCGUCUACUUAAAACACAGCAUCAACCGUUUGGCCUGCCGAGCUCCUAGCAGGAGUCGCUGUUCGGUAAACAGCACCAGAUAAGAGUCAGAAGCGCCCGAAAACAGUCGGCAUCGUCAUGCCCAAGAAUAAAGGUAAAGGAGGUAAAAAUAGGCGUAGAGGUAAGAAUGAGAAUGAAUCUGAAAAAAGAGAACUGGUCUUUAAAGAGGAUGGGCAAGAGUAUGCUCAGGUAAUCAAAAUGUUGGGAAAUGGACGAUUAGAAGCAAUGUGCUUUGAUGGUGUAAAGAGGUUAUGUCAUAUAAGAGGAAAACUGAGAAAAAAGGUUUGGAUAAAUACCUCAGAUAUUAUAUUGGUUGGUCUUCGGGACUAUCAGGAUAACAAAGCUGAUGUAAUUUUAAAGUACAAUGCAGAUGAAGCUAGAAGUCUGAAGGCUUAUGGCGAGCUUCCAGAACAUGCUAAAAUCAAUGAAACAGAUACAUUUGGUCCUGGAGAUGAUGAUGAAAUCCAGUUUGAUGAUAUUGCAGAUGAUGAUGAAGACAUUGAUGAUAUCUAAAUAGAACUUAAAGGUCCAGACUAAUGUUCUACAGUGUGGAUUUUGCCCCUCACCAUUUAAGAAGACUAAAACUGCAGCAUGAGUGCAGGUUGUUAAGGCAUACUAAUUUAUUUUCAUUGUUUUACAGUAUUUAUAUGUCUUUAAAUGAAAUGUUAACACUUUAUUCUUUUGAAGUAAUAGAACUUAGGGGUAGAAGACUACAAUGUCUGUGGUUAAAACAACACAAAGAAGACAUGGAAAGACAAAGAAUAAAAGAUAUGUUUUCCAGUUUGGAUGUUUUGAAUACAUUGUCUUAUCAUUAUGGUUAGUAAUAAAUCUUAGUUCCAACUAAUUUUUUUUGCAGAAAAUGUUGCAGUUACUUAGAUGUUCUCUUUGAUUUUUGUUAAAACAUAAAGAAGUUAGAAAUCUAUAUUUGAAGUCAAGAAAAUGGGCUAUUUUUAUAUUUCUGUAGCUGUAUUUUUAUACUAUGUUUGAUAAUACUCUUAUUUUUUGCUUUCACCUUCAUAAAUAAGCAUUUUCAAACUGCAGAUUUUGGAAUGUGGGUUUGAGUAGCAAGUUUGAAUUUAUAGGAUGAAUAGUUUCAAAAGUUCAGGACUAGAUAAUACCCAAUUAAUUCUAAAUUGAAAGUAUUGAUAUAUUGUUGACAGGGUUUUUUUUUACUUAAUGUGUAGAAAAUUUGUUAAAUAAGGCAACUUGUAAUGGCAAAAUAAGGAAAAUAGUUUAUACUAUAUCAAAAACUUGUGUUAAAAUACAUUAUUUUAUUGUCAAAACUCAUGUAUACUUGUAACCUAUAGUUUUGGACUUUUUGGAGAAUAAAUUACAAUAUAUAAAUGAAAACCUAAUUUUAUAAUAAACCUGUGUAGAAUGAAAAGAAUGAAACCACAGCUAAGAUAUGAAAUAAAAUGUUCAUUGAGUGUAUUUUGGU